AUGGCUUAUUUCAACCUAAUGCGAACAACCUGGGGCGCUGGGGUUUUGGGCUUACCCUUGGCCGUCAGCCAGGCUGGGAUAAUACUCGGCCCCAUUAUGAGCUCCUCAUUGGGUAUUCUUAUUAUUCACAUGCACUUGACUUUGAUUUUAUCCUUGGAUAAAGCUCUGAAAGACCCAAGGGUGUUAACAAAGCCAUAUGGGAUGAUAACGAUAGGCAUGCUAUUGCCCACGAUAUUCACCACAGUGUUCGGUGUUUUGGGAUACUGGUCUUUUGGAACUAUGGAGGAGAAUGUGCUAAGAUCUCUGCCGUUUGACGAUUAUUCAGCAAUGGCAGCAAUAGGAUUGUAUUUAGUCGCAAUUGCAUUUGCAUUUCCCAUACAAUGCUACCCAGCGACACAAAUGAUUGUCGAGGUGGUAAAGAACUGGCAUCCAUUGGACGAACCUUCGGAAAAAACAUUAAAAACUAUUGAAUGUACAGCGAGACCAUGCUUCGUGCUAAUGUCAUUUUUCGUAUGUUAUAUGAUCCCAAUCCAGGGGGCGUUUGUUGCGUUUGUUGGGAACCUUUGUACGACAUUGCUGGCGAUUGUUUUUCCCGCGCUUAUGGAGCUUUGUCUUUUAUAUCCAGACCAAUAUGGAAAACACAAAGUGUAUCUAAUAAAGGAUCUCAUCAUAGUAACUUUUGGAUGCAUUUCGUUUAUAUAUAAGUUACCGCUGUGGACUUGGGAUUGCAUUAACGAUAGAUGUGUACCGUCGAAAGCAACUCUGUCAGGAAAACUGCAGACACUAAUGACAUGCAACAUGCUAUGUGGCUCUAUGAUGCUCUGGCCACAACCAACCGGUCGUGUUAGCUUAUCAUCAACAGCUGUGCCCGUUCGUGCUGACCUAUUUCACCUUCAAAUAAUAUCAUUUCCAUCGAGAUCAGUACGGCAACACGUACGUGAAGCUUUUGAAAUAUUUAGAGAUGUUCUACGUAGAUUGGAAAAUGACACCCGUGCAUACGAGGAUUGGAGAGCCGUUUCCGUUCGAGUCGCCAUCAAUGAAAGCGGCUCUCUAGAUCCAAGGCUACGUCUUAAUACGGAUGAAAGUUAUCGAUUUAAAUUACGACCGAAAAAUGGUACCAAGAGAUCUCUUCUAAUAGACGUUUUUUCCAAUUCAUUUUGCGGUACACGUCAUGCCUUUGAAACAAUAUCGCAACUUAUCUGGUUAGACAAGUAUGCAGGAUCACUUGUUAUGUUAGAAGCGGCCAGUGUUGAUGAUGCGCCUCGUUUUAAAUAUCGAGGAUUAAUGCUGGAUACAGCUCGUAAUUACUUUCCAGUAAAUGACGUAAUGAGGACUAUCGAAGGAAUGGCUGCAAGUAAGUUAAACACGUUUCACUGGCAUAUAACUGACUCCCAAUCAUUUCCACUACAAUUAGAAAGUAUUCCACAUUUAGCAGAGUACGGAAGUUAUGGUCCCGGAGCAAUAUAUAGUAGUGACGACGUGAGAACUAUAUCACGUUAUGCAAGACUUCGGGGAAUACGUGUUUUAUUGGAGGUAGAUCUACCAGCUCACGUUGGAAAUGCUUGGGUUUGGAGCUCACAUAAACGUGUCAAUGAUAUGAUCCACUGUUUAGACUCGAAUCCUUGGUACGAGUAUUGCAAUGAACCUCCUUGUGGCCAGUUGAACCCGCGAAGUGUUGAAGUUUAUGAAAUUAUAGAACGUUUGUAUGCAGAAAUAAUUCAACUAACUGGCACAGAUGAUAUCUUUCAUAUGGGAAACGAUGACGUCUCACAACGCUGUUGGGUUGAACAGUUUAAUACUACCGAUCCUAUGGAUUUGUGGUUAAUAUUUACCCAAAACGCAUUGCAACGUUUAGAAACAGCGAUGGGAAAGUUACCUGAUUUAAUUAUAUUCUGGGCAACCGAAAUGAACAAACGAAUAAAACUUGAUUUGAAAGAUUAUGUGCAUAAAAUUGGAUUGCAAGCUCGUGAUGUAACUUGGACGCAAAAAUAUGUAAGCGGAACACGAACUGUGAUAUCCCACGAGGAUGCUUGGGAUUUAAAUAAUGGGCACGGAAUGUGGUAUGAAGAAACAGGCGGUUCAGUAUAUAACUCGUGGCAAAGGGUAUACGAACAUAGACCUUGGGGCAGAAAAGCUAUUAAAUGUUUAGAGGGUGGCGAAGCAACUAUAUGGGCUUCAACUUUAAGUGCUUGCGCGCUAGAUCCAAGGAUUUGGCCACGAGCAGCUGCUCUGGCUGAAAGGCUAUGGUCAGAUCGAGCUGAAGGUGCGACGCGACCAGUAUAUGCCCGAUUAGACAUCCAUCGUUCACGACUUAAGUCACGUGGGAUACAAGUUACCCCUUUAUGGUCGAAUUGGUGUACACAUAAUCCAUAUACAUGCUAA